AUGAAGGCUAUACACGCUGCCUUCAUCGUCCGGCGAGAUGCCAUCGACGACAACGUGCCUAACCCAUUAGGCACAAGUUUGAGCCAACGCUCGGUUGUGUUCGUGUGCAUAUCUUUCUUCUUCGUCUCUCUAAGACUCUUCACACGAUAUUUCUAUGGCAAGAUCAUUGGAGCUGACGACGCAUUCAUUUUUUUAUCACUCAUUCUCGCCAUCUGCCUUACCGUGACUUACAACGAAGAAGCAUUGAAUGGGUUCGGACUCCACACGGAUCAAGUCGAUAGUGCCCACAAAGUCACAGCCUUCAAAUGGUUCUUUGCAGCCCAGAUACUCUACAAGGCUGCCACAUGCAUGACUAAGCUGUCAAUAUGUACGCUGUAUCUUCGCAUCUUUCCAGAUCGUCGGUUUCGCAAGGCUGUCUGGGUCACGAUCGGCAUCAUUGUAGCCUACACAAUUGCCUCAAUCUUUGUGACCAUCUUUUCAUGCAACCCGGUGCAAAAAACAUGGGUGAAGACGAUGGCUGGCCAAUGCUUGGACUCCCGAUCCAUAUGGUAUGGAACUUCGGUCAUGGUCAUUUUGACUGACCUAAUGAUCAUGGUUCUACCUAUCAACGAGAUUCGCCGCCUGCAGCUACCGCUCACUAAGAAACUGUUACUGGCCAGCCUCUUCAGUCUUGGCUUCUUUGUUGUGGCCUGUACCAUCGUUCGCAUGGUAUCAGUGUCGCCGCAGACCACGGCGGCAGAUCAAAUAUACUAUCAAGCGAUUUCUAACAGCUGGACCUUCGUCGAAACAAACAUUGGAAUAAUUUGUGCUUGUCUACCGGUGGUUCGCAUUCCAAUAACACAUCAGUUUCGACGAUUCGGCCAAUCCACCAGAAAGACGGCUCUGAGCAGCGCUCCAUCCCAGAGUGGCUUCGAUCUCAAGACAAUCGGCCAUAUCCCAUCCCGAAAACAACUCUCGAAGAACGACGAAAAGAAUAGUAGUUUCGAGGCGCUAAUUGGCGGUGAUGGAGAGACCAGGAAGAUCAGGAUGAAUAUGAUUAUUACCCCAUCAAACUCACUCACACCCAGCGACAACAAAGUCAUGGCUGCCCAUGGUAACCCUACAAGUAAGGAUGGAACUAGUAUUUGAUGGCAUUUGAGAUGGUGUCCGCUGGAUCGUGGAUAAUAUACGAAUCCCAGUGUCGAGCUGAAUUAUCAUUACCACGAGCCCAAAUAGCAUCGAAU